GUAUCGCGAACGUGCGUUUUGGCGGUAAGUCUUGUGUCAAAUUAGAAUUCAGGUUAUGUUAUAUUUUCAAUCGAGUAUUUACGCGAGUGUCAAGCCAUAAAAAUGGAUGAAAAAGACGAAAAUGAGACGGAAGAGAAUAAUCAAGGAAGAGAAGAAAUUCCGCGUGAAGAGACAGUUAAUGUCAUCGCUUGCAAGGAGGAUUUAAAUCCGUUUUUCGAGCAGAGCAACCACAGCAUUAAUAAGGUUCACUUUUCAGAGGUUCCGCAAAUCUGUAGGGACGAGCCGUGCCAGCUUGGGGUGGACGAGGCGGGUCGCGGUCCGGUUUUAGGUCCGAUGGUUUAUGGGAUCUCGUAUGCUCCGCUGUCGCGGAAGCAGUUACUCGUCGAUCUAGGCUGCGCCGAUUCCAAAAGUCUUACGGAAAAGAAGCGCGAUGAGAUAUUCGAUGAUAUCUGCAAACAUAAGGACAGUAUAGGCUGGGCAAUCGAGGCGAUAUCGCCGAACGUUAUCGCCAACAGCAUGUAUCGUCGUACCAAAGUCUCGCUCAACGAGGUCUCCAUGGUCUCGGCCAUCAAACUAAUACAAGGGGCCAUUGAAGCCGGGGUGAACGUCGCCGAGAUUUACGUGGACACCGUUGGUAAACCAGAGUCUUAUCAAGCGCGACUGAAGGGUGUAUUUCCCGGCGUAAAGAUAGUCGUGGCAAAGAAAGCCGACGCGACUUAUCCGAUCGUCAGCGCGGCCAGUAUAUGUGCCAAGGUAUCGCGAGAUCACGCGUUACGAGCGUGGCGAUUUCGCGAGGGUGACAGCAUUGGGACGGAAUACGGUAGCGGCUAUCCCACCGAUCCGGUGACUAAAAACUGGCUGUCCGAGAAUGUAGACGCAGUAUUCGGUUUUCCGCAACUCGUUCGAUUCAGCUGGUCCACCGCUGAGCAGAUUCUCGAAUCGAAAGCACUGGCAGUAGAAUGGGAAGAAACGGAGGAAACGGAGAUGCCCAACGAGCAGACAAUUUUGAAGUUUUUCGCCAAGUCUCCGACUAAAUUGCCUAACGUUCACACGAAGAAACAUCCUUUCUUUACGGAACGCUGUCUUUCUAACGCGAAUAUCUUGUAACGAAUAUUUUAAUCAUAUAAUUGCGUUUUAAAGAUUUUAAAGAUUUAACAAUUUCGUUUUGAAAGCGUUUUAUCGAUUAAGGAAAGAAAAAAAGUUACAAGAAUUAUACAUUUUAUAGACAUAUAUACUUUAUCUUUAAUAUUUAGCGAUAAUUUUUAUAAUUAAUCGGGACACAUGUAAGAUAUUCGGAAUAAAAGUGGAUUGGAUAAGUAUAC